AAACCCCACUGCACCUCUAACUGCAUUGUUGACUGAAGAGUGUGCAAUGACCUUCAACUCACCGCAUUGACUUGUUCACUUUCAGAGACAAGCAUUUCUUUUGCCCAAAACAUUUGACCGUUUGCGACGGAAUCUUCCAGCGGAAAUCAACAUCCAGGUGACGGCACCUUUAUUUGCUGCAAGGCUGUACGACUAUGGUGUGAAGGAAGGUGAUAAGGAGCUUACGGGUACAAUGGACGCUUCCAGCGCCGUUGAUCUCAGCAUUCCCUUAACUUUCUAUGGUCAAUCGUACAGACGGAUCUACAUACUCAGCAACGGAGCGAUUGGAUUCGACAGAAAUUCACAAAGUUAUUUCCCGAACGUUUUGAAGAACGGGAAAACGCCUUUGAUCGCGCCGCUUUGGAGCCUCAACGACCUCCGUCUUGGCGGUCAUGUUUUCUACCGGGAAUUGACAGCUGGCCGCUCAGUGGAUCGUGCCCGGAGUGAAAUCCGGUAUCAGUACGACAAAACCGUUCGUGUACUAUCAGUGCUGCUUGUAACUUGGAGCAACGUUAAGCCGGUAGGCAGUGCUGCAGGUCCCAGCGAGAAAUCGAAUACGUUUCAAGCAGUCAUCAUCUUGUCGGACAACGGAACGUUUGCAAACUUCGUCUACAAAAACACGGAACUGAGCGCCAACGCGGAAGCGGGAUUCACGAAAGGCGACAGCGAACAUUUCUUUAUUUUGCCCAGUUCCCGAAAUCCAAGCACUCAGCAGCUGAAGGACUUUGGAAACACAGGCAUUCCCGGUGAAUGGAUAUUUCGGAUCGACCUGCCGCGAAUCGUCCGUUGCAAGGAAGGCAUCAAAGGCGACACCUGUGACACAGAAUGUGGCCAAAACGAAUGGGGGAAUGACUGCGAAAACUGCUGUUUUUGCGCGACUGGCUCUUGUGAUCCUACAACUGGCCGCUGUCCCGGCGAAUGUGGCAGAUGUUGGAGAAAUCCACCGUUUUGCCAACGUGAGGAAUGCUUUCAUUUCAGGUGUGCCCUCAACGCAAUUUCAUUUUCCCAACCGGGACGCUGCGGAAUAACGAGCAUCCAGUGUCAAUGUAUGACUGGAUACAAAGGCGACGGUUUCCACUGUGAAGACAUCGACGAGUGCGAGGCGAAAGUCUGUGACAGAAAUGCGCAGUGCGUCAACACGCCCGGAAAAUACUUCUGUCAGUGUCUGCCCGGUUUUACAGGCAACGGGACGGUGUAUCUGGCUUCACACCAACGCUCCGGUGGCCAGUUCGCUUUGCCCAGACGCUCGCUGUCUCACCUGCUCUACGAUUUGAAGCAGCCGCUUGUGAUCUUUGGCCGACAGGUGCACAAGCUAACGGUAAACAGCGGGCUGGUUUCACUGAACAACAUCCUUCCCGUUCGCUACGAAGACCCUAUCGAAAACAGCGGUUUUCGAGGAUUCGCCCCAUUUUACGGUCGCAUCGACCUCACUCAAAGUAACGGCACUGUCAGCGUACAAGAAAGCACAGAGUCGGUCGUACUGACAGCGGCCACUGACAUGAUUUCGCAACACUUUAACCUUCCGAGCUUCAUGGCCAGGUCCGUCGUGAUGAUCAGUUUCGAAGACGUGUCCGCUUCAAGGAAUCAGGGCACAAACACGUUUGUCGUAACCCUCAUUGGGGGAACGCUGAACGGAGCGGAUAGCGCAACGUUUGUCGACUUCAUGUACGAAAAGAUGCAAUGGAGUGAAGGCGCCCAGGCAAUGAUAAUCACGGACAGUUCAGACAAUUCACUUCAGCUGCCCGGAUCCGGAACAGAUGGCGUGAAACUUUUAUCUGUUCUGAGCAACAUAAGGGAACCCGGACAAUGGAUAUUCAGGGUCGAUAAGGAGAAAGUCGAAUACUGUGCGGAGGAAAGCCUUCGUCCACCUUACUGUGAGCAUUCUGAUCACCAAGGUAAUGUUAUAUUAUGUCUUUCGACUUAG